AUGUGCAAGGACGACAAGAAGGAACUGGGCUGCGUCCUGGACACGGAUACUGAUGGAACAGACUCCUUUGAUACCAUCACUGCUCUGGUCGCCGCAGAUCAUGAACAUGAUAUCAAGCUUCGGACUAUGUCGUGGCAGAAGACGGCCUGUUUGCUUGCCGGUGAGCAGGUCUGUUUGGCCAUUAUGGCACAGUCAUGGUCUCUCUCUGUCCUCGGUUGGGUUCCGGGAAUCAUCACUAUGCUCCUUUGCGGACUUCUCUUCUGGGUCACCUCGAUCACGAUGCACAAGUAUAUCAUGAAGAAUCCUCAUAUCAUGGAUAUCUGCGACUUUGGAUAUCAUGUGUUUGGAAAGAGCAAAUCUGCCUACGUCUUCUCCGCAUUCAUGAUGCUUGCGAACAAUGUUCUUCUCAUCGGGUUUCACGUCUUGACUGGCGCCAAGGUCCUGAAUACCCUCUCAGACCACUCAUUAUGCACUGCGGUCUUUUCAGUAAUUGUGGCCAUUAUGGGAAUCGUCAUGUCCAUGCCCCGGACAUUGCAACAUGUUAGCUUCAUGUCAAUGUUCUCAUGUGAGUCGUUAAAUCCUCCAGAGCUCCCAACAACUAACCAUCUCGCAGCCGCCUGCAUGGGUAUCGCAAUCAUUCUAUUCCUCGUUUUUGCUGGUGUCGAAGAAGCCCCUCUCUAUGGACCUAAGGGCAACUACCCGGCAGACGGACCCGUAAAGACCUAUGCCUUCCCUCUAUCAGGCACCACAUGGGUCGCCUGUAUGAACGCCGUGAUGAAUGUUACCUUUAUUUGGGUCCCCCAAAUUCUGUUCCCAACUUUCAUCUCAGAGAUGGAAAGACCUCAAGAUUUCCCUAAAGCGUUGGCCGUUCUCACCGCCAUAUCCGCCAUCCUAUUCAUCGUCCCUUCGGCCAUUGGGUUCCGGUACCUAGGCCAAUACGCUACCGCUCCGGCCUUCGGCAGUUUGGGAGUGGUCUCAUACAAGAAAGCAUCCUUCGGCUUCGUGAUCGUCCCCACGCUAGUCAUCGGUGUGAUCUACGCCAACGUAACCGGGAAAUUCAUCUACACACGCGUCCUCGGCAAGUCCCGACACUCGCACAGCCACACCGUGAUUGGAUGGAGUGUGUGGGGGGUAAUCAUGGUCGGGAUCUGGAUACUCGGGUUCGUCUUUGCGGAGAUCAUUCCCAGCAUGGGUGAUUUCCUUUCCCUGCUCAGUGCUGCCUUUGAUUCGUUUUUCGGGUUCAUUUAUUUCGCCCUCGCAUACUGGCAGCUAAACCGGGGGUCCCUCUUUAAGAAUCUGGGACAGACUGCUAUGACUCUGCUCAAUAUUAUCAUCAUGAUCGUUGGGCUGUUCUUGCUGGGUCCUGGGCUGUAUGCAGCCGUUGAGGCGAUCAUUGCUGACUACUCAGGCUCUGUCACGCCUGCCUUUACUUGUGCCAAUAUGGCAAUCUAA